UACCCAUGAGUCCCUUCAAUCGUAUGACCUGUCUCUGGCCUUGAUGUGUAGCGCGGAGCAGCUAGUUACCGGUGCGGGGCUCCAGGACUAGGUAUAUCGUUAACUAUCUAGUGUUGCUGUCCGAUAAGUAGUGAGCUGGCAGCCGGGACACCACAGCCACCAUGCUGACAUGUAAAACGGUGUGGAGGAAGCUAGCACCUCUGGCCAGAGCCUCGUCCACGGUGUGUCGGCAAAAUGUGGGGAGAGCAGGGUUGAAUAAUGUCCGUAGACCAGCAGGGUCUCCAGUGGCCCACAUGUCCACGGGACCUGCAGGAGGUGGUGGGGACAAUAGGCUAUACGUCCUUCUGGUCGGAGCAGCCUGCCUCGGUGGGGGAGUAUAUGCAUACCAAACCGUCAAGGGAGACAAACAGAGAUAUCAGGAGCGUCUCUCAGAAAUAGCUUCCAGACCAAAUAAAGCCGCCGCAGAACAACCAGACACAUUUAUUCAGUUAGAAGCACCUGCUGUGCCAUCCACUGAAACACAGGAGGCCCAGAUCUCAGAAACUCCAGUAUCAGCUUCAGCCAAGGAGUCGAGCCCUCCAGCCCCUGCAGAUGAAGUAUCGGCCCCCAGUGAAACAACUGAACCUCCUCCAGCAGCUGAGCCUGUGGUAGAAGCUCCCACUGAAGAGCCAGCAGAGCAACCUGCUGUGCCGGUAGUUGAGGAUGAACCAUCACCACCAUCAGAUCCUUCCCCACCUGAGCUCACAGAGCCACCUCCUGCACCUGUUGUGGAGAGCGUAGAGAGUGAAUCUACAGCAGCAGCAGAAAGCCCUGCAGCAGAAACACCCGCACCUCAGGCUGAAGUGGUGGCAGAGAGUGAAACUCCAGCAGCAGGCACUGCACCAAGCCCAGCUAAGAUCCCUUCACAUGCCCCCUACCUCCUUAUUGGUGGAGGCACCGCCUCCUUUGCUGCUGCUCGAUCCAUUCGGGCCAGAGACCCAGGCGCCAGGGUAUUAAUUGUGACUGAAGAGUCAGACCUUCCAUACAUGAGGCCUCCUCUGUCUAAAGAGCUGUGGUUUUCUGAUGACCCCAGUGUGACAGACACUCUGCGCUUCAAACAGUGGAAUGGAAAGGAGAGGAGUAUCUACUUCCAGCCGCCUUCAUUCUACAUUAGUCCUGAAGAUUUAAACUCCAUAGAAAAUGGGGGAGUGGCAGUUCUCACUGGAAAAAAGGUGAUGCACAUGGAUGUGCGAGGAAACAAAGUACAGCUGGAAGACAGCACUGAGAUUUCUUAUGACAAGUGUUUGAUUGCCACAGGCGGGGUGCCGAGAAAUCUGCAGGUGAUUGAAAGAGCGGGAGAGGAGGUGAUGAAAAAGACGACUCUCUUCCGUAAGAUUGACGACUUCAAAGCGCUGGACAAAGUCUCCAGAAACCUCAAAUCCAUCACCAUCAUUGGAGGGGGCUUCCUGGGCAGCGAGCUGGCCUGUGCCCUUGGCAGGAGAUCAGCUGACUCUGGCCUGGAGGUGAUACAGAUGUUCCCUGAGAAGGGCAACAUGGGAAAAGUGCUGCCCGAGUAUCUGAGCAAUUGGACAACAGAAAAAGUCAAGAGAGAGGGUGUAAAAAUUCUAUCAGAGGCUUUAGUGAAAAAUGUCACUCAUAAGGAUGAUAAGGUGGAAAUCCAGCUGAAGGAUGGACGUGUGGUAAAGACAGAUCACAUCGUUGCAGCUGUUGGCCUGGAGCCCAAUGUUGACCUUGCCAAGUCAGCAGGUCUGGAGGUGGACUCUGACUUUGGUGGUUAUCGGGUUAACGCAGAGCUGCAGGCGAGAUCUAAUAUCUGGGUGGCAGGUGAUGCUGCCUGUUUCUACGACAUAAGACUGGGUCGCCGGCGGGUGGAGCACCACGAUCACGCCGUUGUGAGUGGCAGACUAGCAGGAGAAAACAUGACAGGAGCCAGUAAACCCUACUGGCAUCAGUCCAUGUUCUGGAGUGACCUGGGUCCUGAUGUGGGCUACGAGGCGAUUGGGAUUGUUGACAGCAGCCUACCAACAGUAGGAGUGUUUGCCAAAGCCACUGCCAAGGACACACCCAAAGCUGCUACAGAGAAGUCAGGAACUGGAAUCCGUUCAGAAAGUGAAACGGAGGCCGUGGCCACGAGCCCAGUGGCCACGAGCCCAGCGGCCUCUCCGACGCCGGCUCCCCCUGCACAGCAGCAGAAAGAGGACUACGGCAAAGGAGUGAUCUUCUACCUGCGAGACAAAGUGGUGGUGGGCAUCAUCCUGUGGAACGUGUUCAACAGAAUGCCCAUCGCAAGAAAGAUAAUCAAGGAUGGCGAGGAACAUGCAGACCUGAAUGAAGUGGCAAAGCUCUUUAACAUCCACGAUGAUUAAUCCACCCUCUGGCAGCCGAGGCUUUGCUAACGAAGGGAGGGGACCGACUUUACAUGUGAAGGCUUUGAACUUUGACAGUCAUUGCCAGACUGUGGAAGACUCAACUAUUCAUGAUUUAAAAAAAAUGGGAGGAUUUCUGUAAAUUGUACGUCAUGUUGCUGGAAUAUUUUCAUAUUUGAAAUUUGUAUGAGCUGCACCACUUUUUGUUAAUUUUUUUUUUCUAUUCAAGACAAAUCAGUCAGUCUUCAUCAAUAAUGCUGCCACCAAUAUGUGUUUGCUCAUGUUUCACAUUGUGGUCAAAGUGUGAUUGCUCAUCUCUGCUCCCUCCAGAGUCCCGCCAAGCUUAUAAUGUUGAGCAUGGAUUCUUGUUUUCCCUCUGUGUGAUCAGAGCAGCUUGUAAUGGGAAAAGCUGCAAUAAAAACUAUUUUUAAAGUGAAGUGA